UUAGAAGUGGCGUGAGUCGUUUCUUGUCAGGCAUUAAGAUGGAACAACUUGCAACAAUGUAGCUUCAGUUACUGAAUGAUUCUCGGUCCAAAAAUGGGCCAGAAGUACUCCCGGCUGUGCAGCCAGCCAAGCAGCCGCGGCGAGUCGGGGAGUAGGGGGUGGAGGCGACUUCGGGGAGAUGGGGCGGGGGUCCGCGAGGGUAGCGACUCCCCAAGUAGCGGCGUAGUCUUCCUCCAGCCACCGGAGAGCCCGUCUGGCGUCAGCUCCGUGUCCAUGCAGGGUAACUACGACGACAGAGACUACGGGCUUGAGGCACCGACGGAGGAGUCUUGGGACACGGUGCAAUUUGACGACGGUGAAGAUGGGGGAAGCGGAGGAGAAAGCCCCACCAACAAGUACUCGUCCAUCCAGUCUGAAAUGGGCAAAGCCCCCGCCAACAAACGCAAACGACAAAGCAAAAUACCGCCACCAACGACCAGCGCUUCCACGAGCGCGCAGAAAGCAACGCCGCCAUUGCAGACGAACGAGAGCGCUUUGGCGGGAAACGAAAGGAGCCAAUUGCAAAAAGACAGCACAUUUCGACCUGGCAGUCUGCCAGCAAUCCUCGCCGACGCCAAACCCAUGAAGGACGCUGAUAGGUUGCUGGAAGUUCUGACCGAACACGAAUGUGCCGACGGGUUGCCAGAAGAAGGUCCCCAGGAAUCCGGAGAUUCCGUCCGCCGUAUCAUCCAGCACGACAUCGGCCGCGAGCGCAGCGUCAACGCCCGCCUCCGUGAGCUCAAGGACAUCGAGACCCGUAAGUCCGAGCGGCGGCUGUCGGUCACCGCGGCGGCCACCGCGUCCCAGCUGCACGUCAUCCCGGAGAUUAUCGGUGAAGAGCCCGCCGACCCUGCCGACUUCAAAUACUCCGACACCAACCUCUACUUCUAGUUAUUGGACAUAGAAGACCCUUUUACCUGUUUGCCUAUAGAUCGUUUGCACUGCAACAAUCUCGGAGGUGUGUGCUUUCGUUCAACUCUUAUGCAUGAGUGUACCUCUUGAGUAUUCAUUGUUAAUUGAUUAGACUCACCUCAAAGAUGUCUGCUUACUGCAAUCGAUCUAUAGUCAAUACAAGAUAUAUACACCUUGAUCCUAUAUGGGACGUGGCUAAAUCUGUAAGAAACAUUUAGGAUCCUUUAUCGGGCCAUGAAUGAUCAGUCCUAAAUUUCCAUUAGAAAGCCUGUAGGAACCUGAAGGUUUUUUUUCGCAAUCUCCUGCAGUUUCCUCCUGUAAAAUACUUAUAUUUACCACCAUCGACAAUACGAUACCGUUUGGACGUGGAAAAAUGUACAGGAAAUGUGCCAAACGUCAGUCUCUUCCUAUGCAAAAGUUGGAGGACCACUAUUACUAUUAGGAUCCUACUGGAUCAUGGUCAAACCGUAAAGAAAACAUUUAGU